AUGUCAUUGAAUGACCCAUUACAAAACUACGAAGACUUCCUAGAACCAGACUUUCGUCCUCUUCAAUUUGCCAAUGAUAUCUUAAAGGUCACUAACAAUGGCACAGACGGAGAAGUGCUAGAUUUGAAGACUUGCUUGAAGAGGUGUGCUUAUGACUUACAAGAAUUGGAUAGAAGAAUUGAUCAUACUAUUCAAAAUAAUCCUGGACAGGUGCUAGAACAAAUUGAGAAAAGAAAGGCAGAAAAAGAGAUCGUUGGUAGUACUCUAAAAUCAAACACCGAGUAUCUGUCCAUGUCGUAUAAUCGUUUACAAAAGGAUGUUUUAGAACCUUACGAAACUGCCUUAAAACUACAAAGUGUUUCAAGUAAAAUCCAUCAAACAACCACGUUAUUAAGAACGUCGUUACUUUACAUUCAUAUGGUUUCACAACUCCAAUCAAUAUCGUUGGAAACACAAUCAGUGGAUGACGAACAAUUGUCUCGUGGUGUUAAAGUGGCUGCUAUUCACUCGCAACUAAAAGCCAAUAUUGAACAAAACCCAAAUCUUUCAACAUUACAGUUCAUUAAGUCUUGUGAAAAUAAUAUUGUUGCGCCAAAAAGACAGGAACUUUUAAGGUAUCUUUCCACAAACUUAACAAGAGAUUGUAUGAACAAUGUUCAGAUAGAGCACAGAUCACAGCGUAUUACUACGCUAAUGAAAGCCUUGCAUACUCUCUCUUCUGUGGAUCUCUUUGACACUAUUAACAGCAUUUUAAGCUCUAAAAUUCAAGGCUCCUCACAAACUCUAAUCAAAACAAUAACAUCAAUAAAAACCUUUAAUCUUGCAUUGGGGGAUGUAAUGGAUAACAGAAAUACACUCCUCAAACUUGAGAAUCUAAUGAAAGAGUGCGAGACUUCGGGAACCUCCAAUAUAUUCCGUGAUUAUCUUUCUCAGAAAAAGAAUAAAUCUUUGAUCGAUCAGUUCUGGACGGAGGUCAGUAAAAACUUCAAGAGAGAGUUCGAGAUGUCAUAUAACCGUGGUGGACCUGUUGGUAAAUCAUUACAAAACAAUGCUCAAUUUAUAGAAGAAACUAUUAAAAAAUGCUUCGAAGUAUCGGAAAGCGAAUCAUCUGCAAACGACAGUCUAAAGACAGAGCAGAAUUAUAUGCGCAAUGCAGUAAGUAUACUGAAUAGAAGUAGAAAAUAA